AUGGCCGCCGCUGCCGCAUCCGCGCCCGUCGUGUCUCUUGUUGAUGCUGCGAAUGUUGAGCGUGAGGAUGCAGUACCAUCGCACGUUUUCCCUUUCCUCAGGCUCCCACGAGAGCUCCGCGACCAAAUAUACGAUUAUACCUUCGCUGCACAAGAGUUCAGCGUCGAUAGGGCUAUUGAGCGUCGUCACUUGAAGUACUUCAAGCCUAGUGCUGCUGCCAUCCUUCUUGUGACCCGCCACUCAUACUUUCUCCUCAACCGUCAAGUCGCCCGCGAAGCCCUCGAGAUCCUCUUCAAAAACCACACCGUCUACCUCAGCUGCGGACCUUUUGUCCUCAAGGCUCUAUUAGAGAAGAUUGAAGAGCCAAAUGGACCCGGCAGACAAUGGCUAAAGUGGCUGAAGAAGGUAGAGUUGGAUUGGCUAACGCUACCCAACCUACAACAUUACCCACCAGACAGAGAAGAAGGGAGGGACGUGUGGUACUGGGAGCAUGAUCAGGUAGAAAUUGAUGUCGACUACAUACGAGGUGCCUAUUACAGCGGUCACUACGACGAGUACGACCACGAAGGCGAAUCUUAUGACGAUAACUUCUACGACGCUUCAAACACAUCAUUGUACCCGUCCUUCCGCCAGCCAGCCACCACACAAGCCGCCAAUAUAAACGACCCCUUUGGCUUCGCAAGCCACUACCCCUUUGCCGACCCAACCCGCGAUCCCGUCCGUGAAGCCUCCGCAGCAGACAUAGCCACGAAGCUAGAUCUCCUCGUCUCAAUGGAAGUCACACCGCUCUUCACAUACCUCGCCUCACCCACCUUCAACCUAAGCAGCAUAACAUUGCCACUGAGGUUUAUAUCCCGCGGCUCACACCAAAGCCGCAGUGUCUCGCGGCCAGGCUUCGCUUUACCACUCAAGAUCCGCUACUGGGUUCAAGUCUGCGUCCAUGCCCUUCUCAUGCUCGCCUCUCCCCAUAUCUCAGGUACCUCGACGUCAACACCGUUGCAAGAGGUACGCGUCAAGUACGCGCCCGUCGAUAUCUGGGCGUCCAUGGAACCAACUGAUGACUUGCGUCGUAUUGUGGACGCUGGUGUCUGGUUUGAUAACCCAGAGGAUGGGCAGGAGGUUGAGAGGGAAGGCGAGGGUGAAGCGUUCCGCGCCGUUUGGGAGGGUAUGCGGGCGAGGACAACACAUGAAGAACGGAGGAAACUGGGAAGGAGAUGGGGAUUGAAAACGGAUAUUAGGUUUAUACCUUGGGAUGGAGAUAUGGAUAGUGGGAGGGUGGGGGAUGAACUCGAGAUUGUGUUUUCGAGGGAUGAGAAUGCUGCUUCUGUAUUAUGA